CGAAGGCGACAUCAAAUUGCUGUUCACGUUCCAAAAAGUGGCAAUAGUUUUAUCGCGCAUUUUUCGUUACACUUUUAUCGUAGCCAACUACUCUACCUGUCAUGAAGACCUAAAUGGCGUUGGCAUCAAGACUCGUCUGCCGUUUCGCUCGCUGCCAAUCGUCCAAACAGAGAAACGAAAAUUUCAAUUGCCAAAAAGAUGACGGCUGAUUCAGACAAAGAUAGUACACAUUGUUUAAUAUGUAACAGUAAAGUUGGUGUAUCUACUAGGAAUAGUAUACGUAUUUUUAAUGAAAAUUCUAUAACAUCAUCAGAAAAACCACUUGUAGAUACCAUUUGUACUGUCUUGGAGACAGAUUUAAAUGAAGAGAAUGUACAUUCUCUUGUUAUAUGUAAAAAAUGUUAUAAAUUAUUUAAUGAGAUUGAUGAACUUGAAAACCGGCUGACAGAAGUUAAAGUAGAAUUAUUCAAUAAUUAUAAGAAAACUAUAAAAAAGAUAGCUGAUAUGCAAAAUGAAGAAGAGUAUAAUGAUCAUGAUUAUAUAGAAAAUACAGAAAGUCAAAGUACAGAUGUGGAAAUGAAAUAUUCACAGAAGGAUGACCAAGAAGCUCAAGAGAUGGAGGAAGAGGAGGAAAGAUUAGAUGAAGAGGAAGAAGAAGAACCACAUUGUGAAUCAGAAGAAAUUGUUCUUAAAGUUGAGCCAACAGCAGAAACAAGCCAUACUGAAGAAAGAAAAAGGAUAAGGAGAACAAAAAUUGCAACAAAAGUUGAACCUCCUCAAGAACAAAUUGUUGUUAGAGAUGGUUCUAUGUAUACUUGUUUGUUAUGUACAAAUGAUGAAGAUAAAGCUGUAGGAGAUGCAAAAUCUAUUAUUGCGCAUAUAAAGAGCGUGCACGAAACCCGUUUAUACAUUUGCGAUAUAUGCGGUGACGAUUUUAGAAAGAGAAAUGAACUUUCUGUUCAUCUCGAUGAUCAUGUUGCUAAAGAGGAGGGAGACUUUCAGUGUGAAAUAUGUAAUAGAAUAUUUAGUAAUCUGCGGUUAUUUAGGAUACACAAAAGAAUUCAUUAUCCACAAGUGAAAUCUUGGCCGUGUGAAACUUGCGGUAAAAGAUAUAGUUCUAGAAACUUAUUGGAAGAACAUAUAAAUACGCAUACAGGCGUACGCCCUUAUGUGUGUGGAAAUUGUGGUAAAGAUUUUGCUUCAAAAUAUACGUACAAAGCACAUGUAAAAACGCAUGAAAUACGACCUCGUCCUUUCGAAUGCUCACAAUGUAAUAAAACAUUUUUAAGUCAACAAAAUCUCAAUCAGCAUGAAAGAACUCAUAAUGGUGUAAAGGAGUAUGUUUGCCAUCAAUGUGGGAAAGCGUUUGGUUCACCACAUAAUUUGGAAGUGCACAACAUAGUACAUACAGGCUACAAACCAUAUAUAUGUAGAGUAUGCGGUAAAGCAUUUGCCCGUAAAGCUGAAAUAAGAGAUCAUGAAAGGACACAUACAGGAGAGAAACCAUAUCAGUGUGAAUUUUGUGGCGCUACUUUCAGUCAACGAUCAAAUUUACAAUCACAUAAGCGCGCAACGCAUUACAAUGAUAAACGGUAUAAAUGUGACGAUUGCGGAAAGGGGUUUAAACGACGAAGAUUAUUAGAUUAUCACAUAAAAGCAGCCCAUACUGGCGAAAGACCGUACAAAUGCGACAUAUGUACAGCAACGUUUGUGUAUCCCGAACAUUUCAAAAAACAUAUGCGUAUACAUACUGGAGAGAAACCUUAUCUCUGUGAGGUUUGUGGUAAAGCAUUUAAUAGUAGAGAUAAUAGAAACGCACAUCGUUUUAUACACAGUGAUAAAAAGCCAUACGAAUGUUUAGUAUGUGGUAUGGGUUUUAUGAGAAAACCUUUGUUGUAUGCUCACAUGCAAACUCAAGGACAUCUGAACGAUACCAUUGUGGUUAAUCAACCGCGACUCACUACGGAAGAUGAAGUUAUAGCAAUUCCCGACGGUAAUGUGGAAAUUUUGAUGAACGGAACAGAAAAUGAUCAGUUGGAGGAAACCGAAUUGUACGUGACGGAAUUGAAGGACCACGUUAUUAUACAAGAAGAAAACGAGGAUCAAAUGUAUAACGAAGAAGAUGUAUUGAGUAUGCCAACAGAAGAAAAUGUAGCAGACGAAGAAGUGGGACAUCUCGUUGAUGGAGAAAUGGCCUUCACGGAAAAUGAAACAAUGGAAUGUAAAACCGAGGAUUCGGAACAAGUAGAGGAGGUGUACAAUUAUAAUGAAACUGAAGACGGAGAAACGAUAGUUGUACCAACUACCUCAGAGUACAAAGUAGUGGAAGACGAGAAGAAUGCGGUUCGAUUAGUGCAAAUUCGGUUUCCAACAUCAGUUGGUGGGGAAGGGCGAAGUUGGUUAAACUUAGUACAAAACACGUAA